CGCUGGCUGACGGAGGUCAGCGGCCGCAGAAGCGGACCCAGGCGUCCGGGAGGCGGCGCAGGUGCCGCGCCCCCGCCCCGCGCCCGCGCCCGCGCCCGCCGGGCUGCCGCCCCCGGACCACCCCCCGCCCGUGACGCCCUGCCCGCCCCUGGGCGCCGGAGCCCGAGCCCGAGCCCGAGCCCGAGCCCGAGCCUGAGCCCGGGAGGGCGGCGGGCGCGCAGGCGGCGCGGCGCGGAGAGGAUGCGGCCGCAGCCGCGGGGCCGCCGCCGCCUCUGAGCCGCGCAGCGCACCGAGCGCGCUGCGUCUCUGCGGCCCGGCCGCGCCAUGGGGAAGGAGCAGGAGCUGGUGCAGGCGGUGAAGGCGGAGGACGUGGGGACCGCGCAGAGGCUGCUGCAGAGGCCGCGGCCGGGGAAGGCCAAACUCCUAGGCUCCACCAAGAAGAUCAAUGUCAACUUCCAGGACCCAGAUGGCUUCUCAGCCCUUCACCACGCAGCCCUGAAUGGCAACACUGAACUGAUCACCCUGCUGCUGGAGGCUCAGGCUGCUGUGGACAUCAAGGACAACAAAGGCAUGCGACCCUUGCACUAUGCAGCCUGGCAAGGCCGGAAGGAGCCCAUGAAACUGGUGCUGAAGGCAGGCUCGGCAGUGAAUGUCCCAUCUGAUGAGGGUCACAUCCCCCUGCACCUGGCGGCCCAGCAUGGUCACUAUGAUGUGUCUGAGAUGCUGCUGCAGCACCAGUCCAACCCAUGCAUGGUGGACAACUCGGGGAAGACGCCCCUGGACCUGGCCUGUGAGUUUGGCCGCGUUGGGGUGGUCCAGCUACUCCUGAGCAGCAAUAUGUGUGCGGCCUUGCUGGAGCCCCGGCCAGGAGACACCACUGACCCCAAUGGCACCAGCCCCCUGCACCUGGCAGCCAAGAAUGGCCACAUUGACAUCAUCAGACUCCUUCUCCAAGCCGGCAUUGACAUUAACCGCCAGACCAAGUCCGGCACAGCCCUGCAUGAGGCUGCGCUGUGUGGGAAGACAGAAGUUGUUCGACUGCUGUUGGAUAGCGGGAUCAACGCCCAGGUGAGGAACACCUAUAGCCAGACAGCACUGGACAUUGUGCACCAGUUUACCACAUCCCAAGCCAGCAAGGAGAUCAAGCAGCUGCUGCGAGAGGCCUCGGCAGCCCUGCAGGUCCGGGCGACCAAGGAUUAUUGCAACAAUUACGAUCUGACCAGCCUCAACGUGAAGGCCGGGGACAUCAUCACAGUCCUGGAGCAGCAUCCAGAUGGCCGGUGGAAGGGCUGUAUUCAUGACAACAGAACAGGCAAUGACCGAGUGGGCUACUUCCCAUCCUCGCUGGGUGAGGCUAUCAUCAAGCGAGCAGGUUCCCGAGCAGGCAGUGAGCCAAGCCCACCCCAGGGAGGUGGCUCAUCAGGGCCUUCUGCACCCCCAGAGGAGAUCUGGGUGCUCCGGAAGCCUUUUGCAGGUGGUGACCGCAGUGGCAGCUUGAGCAGUGUGGCUGGUAGCCGGAGCAGUGGGGGCCAUGCCCUGCACGCAGGCUCUGAAGGGGUCAAGCUCCUAGCAACGGUGCUUUCCCAGAAGUCUGUCUCUGAGUCCAGCCCAGGGGACAGCCCCAUCAAACCUCCAGAGGGCUCUGCAGGUGCAGCCCGGUCCCAACCUCCAGCAGCCCACACUGGGCAAGUCUACGGGGAGCAGCUGCCCAAGAAGCCAGAGCCGGCCUCAGAGGGCAAGAGUGCCGAGGCAGUCAGCCAGUGGCUCGCCACAUUUCAGCUCCAGCUCUACGCCCCCAACUUCACCAGCGCCGGCUACGACCUGCCCACCAUCAGCCGCAUGACUCCUGAGGACCUCACAGCCAUCGGUGUCACCAAGCCAGGCCACCGGAAGAAGAUCACAGCCGAGAUCAGCGGCCUGAGCAUCCCUGACUGGCUGCCUGAGCACAAACCCGCUAACCUGGCUGUGUGGCUGUCCAUGAUCGGCCUGGCCCAGUACUACAAGGUACUGGUGGACAACGGCUACGAGAACAUUGACUUCAUCACCGACAUCACCUGGGAGGACCUGCAGGAGAUUGGCAUCACCAAGCUGGGACACCAGAAGAAGCUGAUGCUGGCAGUGAGGAAGCUGGCAGAACUGCAGAAAGCAGAAUACGCCAAGUAUGAGGGAGGACCCCUGCGUCGGAAGGCACCCCAGUCUCUUGAAAUGAUGGCCAUUGAGUCACCGCCCCCACCUGAGCCUGCCCCAGCUGACUGCCAGUCUCCUAAGAUGACCACUUUUCAGGACAGUGAGCUCAGUGGUGAGCUGCAGGCAGCUAUGACUGGCCCAGCAGAGGUGGGUGCUGCUGCUGCUGCUGCUGCUGCUGCUGCUGAGAAGCCCUCCAACCACCUGCCACCCACCCCAAGAGCUACUGUGCGGCAGGAGCCUAGCUUGAGUGGACGGGCUCGGCACAUGAGCAGCUCUCAGGAGCUGCUGGGCGAUGGGCCCCCUGGACCUGGCAGUCCCAUGUCACGAAGCCAGGAGUACCUGCUGGAUGAGGGACUAGCUCCUGGCACUCCGCCCAAGGAGGUCCGGCCUGGCCGCCAUGGCCACAGCAUCAAGAGGGCCAGUGUGCCUCCAGUGCCUGGCAAGCCACGGCAGGUCCUUCCACCAGGUACCAGCCACUUCACACCCCCUCAGACGCCCACCAAAACCCGGCCAGGCUCUCCCCAGGCCCUCGGGGGACCUCAUGGUACAGCCCCAGCCACAGCUAAGGUGAAGCCCACCCCACAGCUGCUGCCCCCGACAGAGCGACCCAUGUCACCCCGCUCCCUGCCUCAGUCGCCCACACACCGUGGCUUUGCUUAUGUGCUGCCCCAGCCUGUGGAAGGUGAGGCAGGGCCAGCUGCUCCAGGGCCCGCACCCCCACCUGUGCCAGCGUCUGUGCCCACGCUGUGCCUACCCCCAGAAGCUGACAUGGAGCCAGAGCGGCCCAAGAAGCGUGCCCAUAGCCUGAAUCGUUAUGCAGCAUCUGACAGUGAGCCCGAGCGGGAUGAGCUGCUAGUGCCGGCUGCUGCUGGACCCUAUGCCACAGUCCAGCGGCGUGUUGGCCGUAGCCACUCAGUGAGGGCACCUGCUGGCUCUGACAAGAAUGUCAACCGCAGCCAGUCUUUCGCUGUGCGGCCCCGCAAGAAGGGGCCCCCACCGCCUCCACCCAAGCGCUCCAGCUCAGCCAUGGCCAGUGCCAACCUGGCUGAUGAGCCGGCUCCAGAUGCUGAGAUGGAAGACGGCCGGCUGGGAGUCCGGGCACAGCGCCGGCGGGCCAGUGAUCUGGCUGGCAGUGUGGACACAGGCAGUGCUGGCAGUGUGAAAAGCAUUGCGGCCAUGCUUGAGCUGUCUUCCAUUGGGGGUGGGGGACGGGCUGCCAGAAGGCCGCCUGAGGGCCACCCCACAGCUCGUCCUGCCAGUCCAGAGCCAGGCCGGGUAGCCACAGUGCUGGCCUCAGUGAAGCACAAAGAGGCCAUCGGGCCUGAUGGUGAGGUGGUAAACAGGCGCCGCACACUCAGCGGGCCUGUCACUGGACUGCUGGCCACUGCCCGCCGAGGGCCAGGGGAGCCAGCAGAGCAAGGCCACUUUGUGGAGGAUGGUGUAGCCCGGCAGCGGCCUCGAGGUCCAGCUAAGGGUGAAGUGAGUGUGGAGGGCCCACCCCUAGCCAGGGUGGAGGCCAGCGCCACACUCAAGAGGCGCAUCCGGGCCAAGCAGAGUCAGCAGGAGAAUGUCAAGUUCAUCCUAACAGAGUCUGACACAGUCAAGCGCAGGCCCAAGGCCAAGGAACGGGAGGCUGGGCCUGAGCCACCCCCACCACUGUCCGUGUACCAGAAUGGCACCGCCACAGUGCGCCGCAGGCCAGCCUCGGAGCAGGCUGGAGCCCCAGAGCUGCCCCCACCACCCCCACCUGCUGAACCCCCACCCACUGACCUGAUGCACCUGCCCCCACUGCCCCUGCCCGAUGGCGAUGUCCGGAAGCCAGCAAAGCCGCCCGUCUCUCCCAAGCCUGUCCUGGCUCAGCCUGUGCCCAAGAUCCAGGGCUCACCCACACCUGCCUCCAAGAAGGUGCCACUGCCAGGCCCUGGCAGCCCAGAGGUGAAGCGCGCCCACGGCACGCCGCCGCCUGUGUCUCCCAAGCCGCCACCGCCGCCCACGGCGCCUAAACCCGCCAAGACCGCGGCGGGGCUACAGUCGGGCAGCGCCAGUCCGUCACCCGCGCCCUCGCCGGCGCGCCAGCCGCCAGCUGCCCCGGCUAAGCCGGCCAGCACGCCGCCCUCGCUGAGUGCCAGCCCGGCCAAGCCCCCGUCCCCGGGUGCGCCCGCGCUGCACGUGCCCACCAAGCCCCCGCGGGCGGCCGCCGCCGCCGCUGCCGCCGCCGCCGGGCCACCCAUUGCCCCCGACGGCGCUUCGCCCGGGGACAGCGCGCGGCAGAAGUUGGAGGAGACGAGCGCGUGCCUGGCCGCCGCACUGCAGGCGGUGGAGGAGAAGAUCCGGCAGGAGGACGGGCAGGGCCCGCGCCCCUCUGCGGUGGCGGAGAAGAGCACCGGCAGCAUCCUGGACGACAUCGGCAGCAUGUUCGACGACCUGGCCGACCAGCUGGACGCCAUGCUGGAGUGAGGCGGCCGCCCACGUCGGGCCCGCAGCGCCCUGGUUUCGGCCCGCACACUGACCUUUACCUCAGGACGGGCAGCCCUGGGCGCGGGCGGACCCCGCGCGGGGUGGGCCGUGCUGCCAGCCCCACGCACAAGCACAACUCCCGCCCCUGGCCCUGGGCCGAGCCUGCCUGGAGGACCGCCCAGCCGGGCGUCCCAAGGGCUCUGGGCAGACGCGCCGCCCCGCGAUGAUGCCCGUCCCUUUCUGCUGCUCCCUGUGCAAUAACUGCUGAGCCACCUGCCACUGUCUCCGGCCAGGCCGGGCCCCAGUGGGUGCAGAUGAAGAGCAGGCCCUCCCCUGCCCGAGAGCAAGAGGGAGGGGACAGCCGCUGUGGGCCCCUCCCCAAUAUGUGGCAGAGCACAGGCCUAUGCCCAGCACAGAACUGCCCUUUGGGGAACCGCUCUCAGCCUCUCUGGGGCAGCACAAGGGGCAGGGGCUGAGGGUAGGCCCGCUCACUGUACCCCCAGCAUAUAAGCUAUCAAGAGUAUUAAUUUAUUGGGAAUGAGCUGAGGCAGAUUUCCCCAAAGAAACAAAAAGGUAUAACUUUAACAAAUAUAUAUUUAAAAAAAGAAAAAAUAUUAUUGAUCCUAUAGAAAACCAUUUACCAACUGAAAGGACACUGGACUUCAGCUCAAGACAAAAGCUGUCAGGGGCCCAGGUCACCUGUGUGUCCUUCCCUUCCUCCACCUGGGAGUGGCCAUGGCCACUAGCACACACAGGAGGCUAGGUCCAGGGAGGGUGGGGCAUGGCCCAGGGUCUCCUCUGCCCUUCUCUCUUGUAACUUCUGUGUCUGAAGAACUUGAAGGAUGUGCCUUGCUCGCUGACAGUCUGUGUCCUCCAUGCCACUGAGACCAUGGGGAGGGCUCCCUCCUGGCUGAGGCCACGUCCUGGGGUGUGGGGGUGCGGGUGUGCAGCAUGGUGAGCGGGCAUGUCAGCUGAGUGUCAGCAGUGUGGGUGCGGGGUGUGGCAUGCCAGGCUGUGGGCAGAGGUGCACAGGCGGGCGUGCAGAGCCCUGCACUGGUCCUGUACCGGCAACCAGUCCACCAUGCUCCAGUUCCCAACAGAUGCUCUGCUCAUGGUCCAAGGCUGUGUUGUGUGGUCAUUCCUCACCCUCUCUUUUCCUCUCUCCUUUCCUCCCUCCAAAAAGUACUGACUGAUCUCCUCUAUCGUGUUUGCUGAUCCACAGUGUUGGGCACAACUUUGACAUUUCUUUAAAAAAAAAAAAAAAAAAAAAAAAAAGAAUUAACACUGAAAACCAGCGACUGGUGCAGCUGGUGGAGGGUCCAGCUCAGGGGGUGUCCAGCAUAGGGCCCCUUCCAAAUUUCAAACCUGGAGCUUCCCCCUAAGUGGAUAUGCUCCCCCCGGGCUCUCCUUGGUGGGCAGCCCAGACUGGGGCUCCAGCAAGUGGGGAGGGAUGUUUGGGCAGGGAGCUGCUGUCAGCUGUCAAUAAACAGCAGAAAAUGGAGCUGCCUGGCUCACUCUUGAGGGUAUGUGUGUUGGG